GCAGAAAGUUGAGCCGAAACCCGAACAAACCCGGACAAACCCGAACAGACGAGCAGCGCCGAAGAGCUGUCCGAACACAGGCGGCCAUUUCGGGCUCCGACGGAGUUUGUGGGAGAAGUUGUUCCGACCGGGAGGAGGAGAACCAUGUCUCCGCCGUGACGGAGCACCGACACACCGGGAGAGAAGCAUCGAUACACGGACACAGACAUGGCCGAGGCCCGGGCCGAGCAGGACGACGACAACAUGCCGAGAGACGCCCGGGAACCGGUGGUCAGGAGACCGCCGAGCAGCUCCGGAGGUCGUCCUGACAGACGUAAACCGGAGCAUCGCCACAGCCAAGGACCUCUGUCAUCCAUCAGAGCCGCCAUCAAGAGGACUUCCACCAGGUCGACGUCUCUGUCUGAGACUCCCAGAGAUCGAGACAGAGACAGAGAGAGGAGGCGACCAGAGAUCACCAUCCUAUCAGCAGAGCCACUGGCCUCCACUUCCUGGUUCCCUGGGGCUUCUGGGGGAUUCCCACCUCCUCCUCCUCCUGCUGCACAGAUCUGGGGACCCACCAUCCCUCCGUCCAUACAGCCUCCUCCGUCCUAUGAGGAGGUGAUCAGGGAGAAAUCUCAGGAGCAGGUUCCCCUCCCCUCCUCUUCGUCCUCUUCGGCACCAUCUCGUCCAGUUUCUACGACGACCAUCGCCACGCAGACCGACUCUGGAUCUUCAUCUGCUGAUCCUCACAACUCUCCAGUAAGAAGACCAGUCAGACCUGCCAGACCGCCCCUCCCCCAACCUCUGAAGUCAUCUCACCUUGAUGACAUCACUGUCGCUGCGAGCCAAUCAGCGCCGAGCUCUGCUGAAGGUGACGCUGUGGAACUAGGAAGCUGUGAUCUUCUCUCUGACUUCUGCUCUCCUCUUACCUCCUCCUCCGCUGCUCAGACCGACCAAUGGGAUCAUCCAUCGGAGCGUCCGAAGCCACGCCCCCGCUCUAAGCUCGGAAUCCAGCCAAUCAGCAGUGAGGUCAAAGUUCAGACCCUGGUGAAGCUGCGUGAGGACGGUUUGGCCACGUUAGCGUCCCGCGCUUCAACCGACGGCUCCAACCAAGACGUGAGUCAAGGAAAGUAUCUCCAGGAGCUGCUGGACGCCUUCAGUUCCGACGACUGGGGCUUCCCUGAUCGCCGUAGCGACAGCAGCAGCCUCGGCCAAUCAGAGAGCGAGGACGAGGAGGAGGAGGACAUGGCGACUCUGAGGGCGAGGAUACAAGCUUUCGAGCAGCAGCAGGCGGCUGAAGGAGACGCUCAGACUGUUGACGGCUUCGCUAAGAGACCUGAGCCUCGACCUCGGCCUCGUCUCCAGGGGCAACCGGCCAAACCGGGUCCGCCCGCCAUCGCCCCCAAACCCAAACACUACCCACACGGUCCGAAACCCUCCAGCAUGGUGUUCUGGGAGGACGGGGGACCAACAGCAGAACCAGGAGAAGACCAGACUGAAACCCCGUCUGCAGAUCUAACCUCCAGACCGGGUCCAGGUUCAGAACCUCAGACCUGCAGGACCCCCGACAAACCCUCCAUCAGUCCAAAACCCCCGUCGGUCCCUGAAUCCCCGUCACCUGGCCCGGUUCCUGCCCCGAGGCCUCCUCUACCCAAACUCUCCUCCUCCCUCAGUGACUCCAGGGUCCCUCCCAGACCACCAGUGGCUCCCAGGGCCAGCGUUGGAGCUCCACCCCCAGAGAGGAGCACCGCAGACGGACACACAACCCCGACUCUGCCCCCCAGACCCUCCGUGGAGGUUGGAGGUGGAGCGCAGAGCGAAACAACGGCUGGAACAGAAGCGACGCAGAACACAACAAACCAAACCGUUAAAGCCGGCAGCGUUCGUCCCUUGGUCCCGACCAAACCGUCCUCCCUGAACUUGGCCCGCAGAUCCAGCGCUCCUAAUCUGCCUCCUAAACCCACCGGAUCCUCACCAACACAACCAGAUCCAGGCAAGCCUUCUGCUGCCCCGGUUCCAGCCCCCAAACCUCCAGGACCAACCAAACCCCCGACACCGAACCAGAACCAGACUCCAGCUCCAGCUCCAGCCCUGAGGAAAGUCCAAACCAAAGCUGAAACCAGCAGCAGUCCAACCUCCUCAGAACCUCCUCUUCCUCCACGUCCCUCCAGUGUGAAGCUCCUCCCCCUUCGUCCUCCACCAAUCAAAUCUAUCCCUGGUAGACCGCCACCUCCAACCGUCAGCUCAGCCUCAGCCUCAUCCUCCAAUCAGAUCCCUCCUCCUAAAGCUGCUCCCGCCGCUUCAGUCUCACCAGCCAAUCAGUUUCCACCAUCUCACACGACCCUGCCUUCUGCUACUGUACCAGCCAGUCAGACGCAGCGGGCUCCAAAGAAAGGCCCGCCUCUACCACCACGCCCCAAACCUGGACACCCCCUCUUCAACAGCUACAUGAAGCAGGAGGUUCUGAUCGUCCUGGACGACCCAAGUCCCUCCGAGUCUCAGACCGUCUCCUCCCCUGUGAUCAGCCCUCCACAGUGUCUCCUGGACCUGGACCCUCAGCCAGAACCGGGUCUGGAUCAGGACCAGUCCAAGCCAGCCUUAGACGGCUUGUCAGACUCUCAGUCCAUUCUGCCUGUGGAGCAAAAAGAGCUGCCAGAACCUGCUACUGUCAGCGGUCCUCGGUGUGUCGCCGUGUUCGACUACGAAGGCGAGGAGGAAGACGAGCUCACUUUCUCUCAGGGUGAUGUCAUUGCCCUCCUGCAGCUGAUUGGGCAGGAGUGGGCGCGGGGCCAGAUCCACGGGCGAAUCGGAAUCUUCCCCCUGAACUUCACUGAGGUGGUGGAGCCCCUCCCACAGCCGUCGCCAGCGGAAACCACACCGGCGUCCACGGAGACGGGAGCAAUGGAGAGCAGCGCUGCUCCAAACAACUCUGAGGCUCCACAGUCUGAGCGUGAGCAGACAGAAGAGUGGGCCGUGGCUUUGUUCGAGUUCCCCGGUCAGACUGCAGAGGACCUGUCCUUCCAGAAGGGGGCGCUGAUCCAGGUGAUGGAACACGUGGAUGCAGAGUGGUGCAGAGGAAGACUGGAGGGCCGAGAGGGGCUUUACCCUGCAGCCUUCACCCAGCCCUGCUCCGCUCAGCCAAUCACAGGCCAACAGGCGGUGGUUAAAGCAGAGGCUAAAGCUCUGUUUGACUUCACGGCAGAGAGCGAGGACGAGCUCACAUUGAAGGUUGGAGAUGUGAUCUCUCAGGUGGAGUCUGUGGACGAUCAGUGGAUUUUAGGGGUCGUAGGAGGGAAACGAGGCAUUGUGCCUAAAAACUACAUUUCAUUUCUUUGAUGAGGAAAUAAAACCUUCUGUGUGUCUUCUGGAGGUUUGAACACGUCCAGAGGACAGACCUGGUUCGGUUUCUUUAUUGGAGGUUUUGAUUUGAGCAGUUGACGGAUGGAUUAGUUCUGUUGGAUUCUUUCUGCUGGACUGAAUCUUACUUUUCCUUUCGCUGACUGUUGGGUUUAUUCGUCUGGAUUCUCUUCCGUUGUUCUAUUUCCUAAUUAUGGUCCAGUAACUGUUUAACACGAAGCUGUUGGCUCUACGAUGGAAACUGAAAGACUGAAUCUGGUCUCCACAUUUUCCCCAAUGGUUCUAAAAGUGACUAAAAGACUUGUUUUCUCUUUACUCUAGUUCACCAGGAGCAGAGUUUGAGGUCCAGAUCUGAGGAGGUUUAAAGUGAUGAUGAGGCAGGUUUUAGUAGAAACUCCAGGUGAGUUAUGACUGAAGAGAAACACCAGUUGUGGUUUGAACCAAAUGGGACCGUUAUUAGGACGUUUAACUGUUCAAAUGUUUUGUCCUGUAACACUGGUAGAUACUUCAGCUAAUAUACGUGCUUAUAAAAGUAUGUUUUUAUGUCCAGAAUAACGAUAACACUGUCUGAAAUAAUUCAAACUUUUUCCAGAAUUCCUUGAAUAUUGUCCAAAAUUACUCAAAAACUGUCCACAACGACUCAAAACAUUUCCAUAAUGAGAGUUUGGAGACGGUCGGUGUUUGGCAAAGAAAAUCUCUCAGCGUCUGUGUUGCUUUUUCCUGAAUUUUUGCACUUUACAGCCUCGCGGUUGGAUUUUUCAGUCUGUUUCUGAUUUAAAGUGUCGUCGGAGAGAAAACCCGUUGGACUGGUUUCGUACCAGUGUGAGAUAGAAAUGUCUUUUCAUGUGUAACCAAACAUUCCCACUUUUUAAUCCAAAUAAAACGUUGACACUUUCUCACAA